UCCGCCUCUCCAAAGCUUGAGGAACCAGAAUGGUUUCCGAAAACUUUUGCCAAAACGUAAUUAUUUUUAUGCAGUCACAAGACACCAGUGGUUAAAUGUGCGAUCUCCUGACAUGAGCAACAUUCAUGGUUCUUGUUAUCAGGCUGCUGUGGGUGGGAGCAUCGGUAUAGGUUAAUAACUUACCGGGAAUGUCUCUCCUGGUUUUUCUGUGUCUGUGGGUUGGUGGGUCUGCCCUGGGAGCCCAGCAGAGCCCUCUCCCCUCCAUGGCCCAGUUACCCUUCAUUACGGUGUGGAAUGCCCCUACUGAACCCUGCAUGUCCAAGUACAAAGUGGACCUGGACCUAAGUAUUUUCCACAUCGUGCUGAACGUGAACCAAAGCUUCAUGGGAACAAACAUAACCAUCUUCUAUGAGAGCAAGCUGGGCCACUAUCCAUACUACACUGCCAGUGGGGAGGCUAUCAACGGAGGCGUACCACAGAACACCAGCCUGCAGCAGCACCUGAAGGAUGCCCAGGCCAACAUUGUGACAUACAUCCCUUCCCCUGACUUCCAGGGGCUGGCCGUUGUGGACUGGGAGAGCUGGCGGCCCCUGUGGAUUCGAAACUGGGACGCUAAGCAGGUGUACCGGGAGGGGUCUCGGACACUGGUGCAGGCUAAACACCCAGCCUGGACCCCAGCCCAGGUGGAAGCUGAAGCCAAGAAGGAGUUUCAGGAGGCAGGCCGGGCGUUUAUGGAGGACACCCUUAGGCUGGGCCGCAGUGUAAGACCUGGGGGGUUAUGGGGUUUCUACGGUUUCCCCGGCUGCUACAACUUCCAGUACAAGAACGUCACAGCCAACUACACCGGGGAGUGCCCCACGCUGGAGAUGAAGAGGAAUGAUCAGCUGGCCUGGCUGUGGAACGCCAGCUCUGCCCUCUACCCGCACAUUUACCUGGAACUGAGUCUGCGGGGCAGGCGAGAUGCCAUCCGCCAGUAUGCCCACCAUCGCAUUCUGGAGGCUAUGAGGGUAGCUGGGCAGGUCAAACCCAAUGGCCUUCCAGUGCUGCCCUAUUCACGCAUUGCCUACACCUUUUCACUGGAGUUCCUUUCCCAGGAGGACUUGGUGCACACAAUUGGGGAGAGCGUAGCUCUUGGGGCAGCAGGAGUUGUGCUGUGGGGAGAUGGUAAUUUUUCCAAAUCAAUGGCAGCAUGUCUGGCGGUGAAAGGCUACCUGGACAAGACCCUGGGGCGCUACGUGGUCAAUGUGACCGCGGCCGCCACCAUCUGCAGCAAGGUGGUGUGCUUCGGCCAGGGGCGGUGCCAGAGGAAGGACCGCUCCUCUGCUGCCUUCCUCCACCUGGAGCCCCAGGACUGGAGCAUACUGUCCACCCCAGGCCUGAGGGGGUCGCCCCGGUACAGUGUGCACGGGCAGCUCAGCCAGCGGGCCACGCGGCACAUGGUCAAGCAGUUUGAAUGCCAGUGUUACCCAGGCUGGGGUGGUGAGCACUGUGAAAAGCCUGCCUACCCUUGUCCACACUAAGUCUGCAGCUGGAUGCAAGAACCUUAUGUUCCACUGUGAACGCACUACUAUCCAGAGUCAAUCUACUAAUAUUACCAAUGCAAACACUGUUAAAAAAAAUAAAAAAAAUAAAAAUAUAUAUAUAAAAAUAAUACGCUAUAAAUCUUUUUUCACAAAAACAUUGAGAUCAAUCUUGGGUUAAAACGGCAUUAAAUGAAACGGCCCCUAAACCUGACACGAUAUUUCCAGCAUUUUACUCACAAAAUUAUAGCUGACUUAUGGCUGCAGGCAAGGUUCCUUUGAGAUGAAAAACAGAUCUACUUUAUGACAGAAGUCUUGUAAAAAUGGGCGACAUAGAGAAAGUUUGAUGAGGCCAAAGACUCAGCCAGCACAACCUAGUCCAGCACAAACCUAGUAAUUUGGAACAAACGGAAUUCAUUUAAUGCUGGUCAUUUUCCCUUUGCCUUUUUGUGUCUUUUUAAAUUUUUUAUUUUGUUAGGUUGGACAAAUACUAAAACAAACCACUGAGUAUUUGAUGAGAGACUUGACCAUGACAGUCAGAGAGCUAUUUACAGCUGGAGUAAGGGACCAAUCCUUGAUCGGUGUUGCCAGUCCUCAUUUUGGGGCUUUUAAGUACCUCCGAUGCACUACAGUAUUAGCAGCACAGCACUCUAUGACACAAAUGAACAGACAUAAAACAGCAUGUAACAGGUAACUUGUAAAGGCUGCAUUUAUAAACCAUCUAGCUCACAAUGGUCGUGUAAUAUCCCACAGUGUAUUUGUAUUCUAUUUCUUCUCAGCAUUUUCAAAGGCAUGUUUGCUUUUCAGGUGUCUAUUGUUAUGGGUUAUUGUAACAAAAUGUGUAUCAUGCAUUUACAGAUUUUUUUUGCAGAACUCUAUAACAUUAUAUAUGCGAACAUUUUUUGGCAAAAUUGUUCACUCAAAUUAUCCUACAUUCCAAAUUGGAUGCUGUAUCUGUAUACCACAGGCUGGGAGGAAAUAUUUCUGGCUGCUUUCCACACGGUAAUGUUCACUAGGACUUCAAAUGGUUUAGGUCCAAAUGAUACAGAGAAUGAUGGAGAACAGUAGUCCUAAAGUUUGUUUCAGAUUCAGACAACAAAAGACCAAGUCAAUCCACCGUCAUGGAGUAAUUUUCAUCUCAACAGUCAUCUCUAACUUCCUUUGUUCAGAGGAUGGGAUGUGUUCUGCAUCUCUCUGUGGUAAUUACAAAGAGGGUCUGCAGUAAGAAUGCUGCAGUUUUGUGCAAUAACUGUCGCAAUGUAAUAAACAUUCCAUUAACAUUGUU